AUGGACAACAAGGACGGCAUCUUCCACGUGGACGGGAUCCUGGGGUUCCUUGCCGAAUACCCCGACUUCGAAGCCCCUGACGACGCCACACCGGAGGACCUGCACGGGAUGGCCCGCCUUGCCCGCGAUGGCAUAGUACUGGCUCACGGUGAUGAGGCCAUGUACUACACCGACUCCGCGGUGUUCGUAGUCGUAGAGCCCAGUACCGACAAGAACGACAACAGCAACAGCAACAGCGAGGCGGCCGGUGGCUCUCAGGGACACUCUGCAGGCCUGGCUCAGGAGCAGCUGCAGCGGGAGUUGGAAGCGAGCGGCCUGGACUUGUCCUGCAACGAGCUCCGGUUCGAGCGAACGCCCGUCGAAGGCAUGUCUGGCGUGCUUCUCCUCGACGAUGAUGUCAUGUGCAAGGAGAAACGGAUCCUCGAGGUCGGCCACCACGUGAUCGUUGUUUCCGACAAGCCCGAUCUCCGGUUGAAGGGCGUGCACUUCGUCGUUCAGGAGAAGGCCUCGUUGACCUUUAUCGUGGCCACGAUGGUCUUGGAGAAACUCGAGGGGGAAUCCGGCGAGCUCUUCACGGUUGAGCCACAAGGUGUCCUGGCAAUGAGUGCUGACAAGUGGAGCCCAUCGCCCGACAACGGCACGGAGGAGGACGUGCACUCUCUCGUGGCCCUGAAGAAGGGGGGGAGGUUCGAGCUCGACGGUAAGGCCAGCUUCACGGGCUCGACCAUGACGAUCUCCAUGAGGAACAAGAGCGAGGAGGAGAAGAAGAACAACAAGAACAAGAACCACAAGAACGAGAACGACAGAGGCGCUUGCCAAUCCACCGUGCAGCACCCCUCUACGGGCACGGACGAAAAUCUCAAAGCUGCUGCCCCCGGUAAUGCCGACGCCGAUGUCAUCGACGUCACCUCCGACGGCGGGCACGCGCACACGAACGCGAUCUCCACAAAACCAGGAUUCUCACUCCAUCUGGACAAAGAAGAUAUGCUUCGCAGGUAG